GAAAUGUAACGAAGCAGAACUACUUCCGGGUUGAGGUCACAGAUGGCAACAUGUUGAUCAGAGUGAAGACGUUUGUGAACCAGUCAGCGCGGCUCGUGAGCGUCUGCAGGGGCUUCCACCAGACCCCAGGACACUGCCUCCCUCUCAUCCCCAUUGUCAUCGAGCAGACGGGUCGAGGUGAGCGAGCGUAUGACAUCUACUCCAGACUGCUGAGGGAGCGGAUUAUAUGUGUCAUGGGACCAAUCGACGACUCCGUGGCUAGUCUGGUGAUCGCUCAGCUGCUGUUCCUCCAGUCAGAAAGUAACAAGAAACCCAUCCACAUGUACAUCAACAGCCCAGGAGGGGUGGUGACAGCUGGCCUGGCCAUCUACGACACCAUGCAGUACAUCCUGAACCCCAUCUCCACCUGGUGUGUGGGUCAGGCCGCGAGUAUGGGGUCCCUGCUGUUGGCUGCGGGCUCCCCUGGCACGAGGCAUUCCCUGCCUAACGCCCGUAUAAUGAUCCACCAGCCAUCGGGGGGCACUCGGGGUCAAGCUACUGACAUUGCGAUUCAGGCGGAGGAGAUCCUGAAGAUCAAGAGACAAGUCAACAUCAUCUAUGCCAAGCACACCAAACAACCCCUGGAAGUGCUGGAGGGGGCGAUGGAGCGCGAUCGUUAUAUGAGCCCAGUGGAGGCUCUGGAUUUUGGGAUCAUCGACCGGGUGUUGGUUCACCCUCCGCAGGAUGGAGAGGACGAGCCUGAAUUAGUCCAUAAAGACAGCUCCACGUCAGCUUCUCCGGAGCCUUGAAUCCUCCGCUCCCUCGACCUCUGUAGCUGCAUCGUUCCUCGUGUCUAAUAAAGGUUUCUCCAGGUUGUA